AUGCAAUUUAUUGAGCCUAAUGAUCGUUCAUCGUUCAUUUCUGGUCACAGUGAUGGUUCAAUCAUUUUAUAUUCGUUUGAUCGACGAUUGCAAACAAAAAUUUUGACACAUACCUGUCCACCGUAUGCUUUAGUAUAUACAAAUAAUGGUAUUGUAAUUGGUGGAUGUGAUCAGCGUAUAGUAUCAUAUACAGAAAAUGGUGAAAUACUACAACAAUUUGAUUAUCGUAAUGAAACAGAUCAUGAAAAGGAAUUUACGGUCGCUGUUCGUGACACAUUUGGGCAAAGUGUUGUUUUUGGAAGUUUUGAUAGAAUACGACUUUAUUCAUGGAAUUCACGACGAGGUGCUUUAGAUGAAGGUAAACCAUUGGAGAUUCGUUAUUUAUAUACAAUUAGUGCAUUAACAUGGAGUCCAGAUGGUUCAACAAUUGCUUUGGGUACAUUAUGUGGUGCAGUGAUAACUAUAGAUUGCUGUCUUAAAAAUUCCAUUUUGAAAGGACGUUUCCAAACAAAAUAUAUUUCUCCAUCACAGGUUCUUAUCAAAGAUAUAACUAGUGAACAACGUGUUACAAUUCAUUCUUCUAAAGGAUUGCCUAUUAAUGAAAUUAAAAUAAUGGGACAUGAUCGAUUUGUGGUGGCUUAUACAACGAAUACCUUGAUGAUUGCUGAUAUGAGCACCAGUUAUUGCAGUGAAAUUGAAUGGCAAAGUGCUGGUAAUGAAAGAUUCUAUUUUGAUAACGAAAAUGUCUGCAUGAUAAUUAAUGCUGGAGAGGUAAGUUUGGUCGAGUAUGGAAAUAAUGCGGUAAUUGGAUGGAUUCGAACAGAACUCAUAUCACCGCAUCUUAUCUCAGUACGACUUAUAGAACAGAAAAUGAAUAAUAUUGGUACUAUAAAACGUGUUGCUUAUCUUCUCGACCUGAAUACUAUUUCAGUGGUUGAUUUAAUAACACAACGACAAAUUGCACAGUUUUCACAUCCAGUAUACAUAGAUUGGCUUGAGCUUAGUGAAAUGGCAACGAAAUUAUUAUUUCGUGACAAAAGAUCCCGAUUACUAUUAGCUGAUCUAAAAACUGAUCGAAAGAUAUCAUUAUUGGAUUAUUGUAGUUAUGUUCAAUGGGUACCAAACAGUGAUGUUAUUGUGGCACAAUCGAGUAAUCAACUUUGUAUUUGGUAUCAAGCUGAAAAUCCUGAUGAAAUGGUAAUGGUACCUAUAAAAGGUGAAAUUGAAACUGUUCUACGUGAUGAGUCUAGAACUGAAGUUAUCGUUGAGGAAGCAAACGAAAAAGUUGCUUACGAACUUGAUCAAACACUUAUCGAAUUUGCUUCUGCUAUUGAUCGGCUUGAUUUUGGUCGAGCAAUUGAUUUUCUGGAGAAACGAGAAGAAUAUGAUACAACAGUAUUAUGGCGUCAACUUGCUCAGGUUGCAUUAUCACAACAACAACUCUUGAUGGCACAACGAUGUUUCGCAGCAUUAGGUGAUAUAUCACGAGUGCAAAUGCUUGUCGAAACAAUUCGAAUUGCUGAUGAAAUAACCCGAAAUACUGGUGAUGAUGGAAAAAAUAAUUACAAAGUUCAAGCACGAUUAGCACUUAUGAAUAAAGAUUUUAGAGAAUUUGAAAGAAUUUAUCUUGAGCAGAAUGCGUUAGAUGAAGCUAUUGAAAUGUACCAACAAAUUGGCAAAUGGGAGGAAGCAUUUGAGUUAGCUCAAGCACGAAAUCAUCCAGACUUGGAAACUGUUAGAUCUCAAUACUAUCGUUAUCUGUUCGAUACAGGUCAAGAUGGAAAGGCUGCACAAGUAUCAGAAUGUGAGGGUGAUCUACUUGUUGCAAUCGAAUUGUAUUUGAAAGCAGGCUUAGUCAUUCAAGCAGCUCGUAUACUUUUACAAAAUCCAAAACUCCUUUGUAAAGAUGAUUUGAUACAAAAUGUUACUACCGCACUAAUACGAUCUGAUCUAUUCGAAAAAGCUGGUGAAUUGUUCGAAGCGACAAAAGACUUUGAACAAGCGCUGGAAAAUUAUCGAAAAGGAAAAGGUUACGCGAAGGCUAUUCAGUUAGCACGGGUGCAUUUUCCGGAAAGAGUUGUUUUCUUGGAGGAAGAAUGGGGCGAUAGUCUAAUUAUGGAAGCAAAUUACGAUGCAGCUAUAAAUCAUUUCCUUGAAAGUGGUCAAACAGCGAAAGCUCUUGAAGCAUCAAUUAAAGCAAAACAAUGGGGUAAAGCUGCGCAAAUUGUUGAUGUACUUGAAGAUAGUGAUCUGGCAAAACGAUACUAUGGUAAAAUCGCUGAUCAUCAUGCAAGUAUCGGUGAUCUUGAGCGAGCAGAAAUGUUGUACAUUGAAGCGAAAAUGCAUCGAGAAGCAAUCGAGAUGUAUAAUAAAGCUGCCCGAUGGACUGAUUCAUAUCGAUUAGCUGCAGAAUUUAUGGGAGAUGAGAGCGAUCGAAUGUAUGAAGAAUUGGCAGAAACAAUGGAGGACAAUGGUCGUUUAAUGGAUGCGGAGCAGCUGUAUAUCGCAAUUGGACAAGCCAAUAAAGCUAUUGCAAUGUAUAAGAAAACGGAUCGGAUUGAUGAUAUGAUGAGAUUGAUGGAAAAAUAUCAUGUUGACGAUAUUAAGGAUGCUCAUCUUCAAGUCGCAUCUGAUUUGGAGGAAAAAGGUGAUUUACGAUCAGCAGAGGAGCAUUAUUUACUUGCUGGUGAUUGGAAAGGCGCAGUUAAUAUGUAUCGUAAUGCCGAAAUGUGGAAUGAUGCGUAUAGAAUUGCAAAGCAAGAAGGUGGUGACACAGCACAAAAACAGAUUGCAUAUUUGUGGGCAAAAAGCUUAAAUAGUGAUGCCGCAGUGAAAUUAUUGCAAAAAUUCAAAUUAUUAGAUGAAUCGAUUAAUUUUGCAUGUGAAAAUGGUGCUUUCGACUUUGCAUUUGAUUUGUGCCGUUUGGAAGCAAAAGAUCGUCUGCCAUCAGUGCAUUUCAAAUUAGCGCAACAGCUAGAAGAGGAAGGUGAAUUUGAAAAGGCUGAAAUGCAUUAUAUAGAAGGUGGAAAGCCGAAAGAAGCCGUAUUGAUGUAUAUCCAUGAUCAAGAUUGGGAAAAUGCAGAACGUGUUGCAAAGCAAUAUAAUCCAGAAACAUUAUCUGAUGUAUACAUUCGACAAGCCCGAAUGGCAAUCGAGCAAAAAGAUUUUACAAGUGCUGAAAGUUGCUUACUUCGUGCCAAUCGUCCUGAAAUAAUUCUACGAUGUUAUAAGGAAUCGGGAAUGUGGCAAGAUGCUAUUCGUAUUGCUAAAGAUUAUAUGCCUGCAGAAUUGCAACACUUAGAAGAAGAAUUUGACGAAGUACAGCUAAAAUCUGGCGCAAAAGGUAUUUUAUCAUUUAUUGCUCAAGCACGAGAUUGGGAAGGUCAAGGCGAAUAUGUUCGAGCUAUUCAGUGCUAUCUAAAGGUAAAGGAUUCCGAGACAGCCGAUAUCGAUACAGUUGUAGAUGCUUUAAAAAGGGCUGGAGAAUUAGCAACAAAAUUUCUUUCGGACGAUGAAGCAUCUGCAGUAGUGGAUGAAAUUGCGGAAGUUUUCGUUCACUUGAAAAGGUUCAUCGAAGCAGCUGAAUUAUUUUUGGCUUCAAAUCAACCGGAUAAUGCUAUUAAAGCCUUUUUGCUUGCUGGACAGUGGGCGAAAGCUAAAAAAUUAGCUAUGGAAUUUGUUCCCGAUUUGGCGGAUUUCGUCGAUGAAAAGUACAGGGAAUCACUGAAACAACAAGGUCGAUUAGGAGAAUUAAUGGACGUUGAUGUAGUCAGUGCAAUUGAUGCAUUAUUGGAACGCGGUCAAUGGGAAAAAGCUCUUGAAACAGCUCGACAACAGAAACAUCAGCCUUUGUUGGACAAAUAUGUCGCAUUAUAUGCAACCGAAUUAAUCAAGGAAAAAAGAUAUGCUGAAGCAACUGCUGCAUUUGAAAAAUAUGGAGCAUCCUCAAAUCCAAACAAUUUCAACAUCUAUCGAAGACUUGUUGAAGAAGUUAUUAAUGUACGUAACAUGGAUAAUCCAAAUGUUUAUGGUAGAUGGGCAACAUUACGAAAUGUCCUUCAUAUGGUAUGCAAUAGUAUGAAUAUCAAGGAGAAGAUGAAAGAUUUGUUCAACAGGUAUUUGGAGAUUGCCCAUUACGGUGCAUUACGUUCAGCUAUUUUGGAAUAUGGUGGAACAGAAAUAGAACUUAUCGCAGCUCAAAUUACGAUAAGCUUUAUUCGCUAUAGCGAUAUCAUGCAAGCUGAUAAAGUCUUUUACGAAGCUGGAAUGGCAUGUAGAAAGUUGGGUAGCAAGAAAGAGCGAUUGGCAUUUAUACUUUUGAACCAUUAUCUCGAUUUAUGUGAAGCAAUUGAGGAUCAAGAUCCAUCGAUUGUUGAUGGUUCAAUUUUCGACGGAACUGAUAUACCGCAAGAAGUAUUGCUACCAGCAACAAAAUACACAUCUGAUGAUGAACAUGAGGAAGUAAAAGAAUGGGUGUUGGCUAUAUCAAUCCAACAAAGUAUAGAACGAAGUUUACCCUAUGAUAAUGAUGGUAACUUCGAAGUGAGCCUCAUUGAUGCGAACGGUACAUCUCACUCAGCAUGUCUCAUUUCAGGUUAUCCGAUACGUGGAAACAUUAAAGAAUUUGGAUCUUCUAGCAGAGCAGCCGAUCGUGAUAUGUGGAGCCGUUUCAUCAUGGCACAGAAGACGAAAUCAACUGAAAAUAUAGGUGACGUGUUACAAUUUAUAGCAAAAUGGACACAUACAACAGCAUCUCUAUCUUUGUAACCCUUCAUUCCUUAAUUGUACUUAUACAAAAUUUAUAAUCCCUG